AUGUUGGUGUUUCAGUGGUCCCCCUCUUCACAGCGAGGACGUCCGACAGCUGAACAAGUCCUAAGUCCGACCGGCCAACUGCAGGGAGAGACGCUUAGUGAAGUUGUCCAGCUCCUGGUCGCUCCUCAUUCUUUAAACCUGCACAACAUCUUCAUCGCCAGGCUAAUCCCAGAGGCUCCAUCCUCACCUUCAUCCUCGUCUCCUGUAAGCUGAAGCUUUGAGAGGUCAUGGCGGGCAUCGCUCUCCUCCUCCGAGUCCUCCUGCUGCUGGGAGGCACGAUUCUCCUCAGCGGCAUCCCUGCACAGAGGAUCAGAGUGCGUCGUCAGAACAUGAAGGUUCGAAUCAACGCCACUGGUGACACCAUCGUGAUGAAGUUUGUGCGUCCAAGUCCAGAUGUGAAGUUGGAGGGUUAUAUUCUGGGUUAUGGCAGCAGCAUGUUCUCCAAACAGUUCAUCCAGCUGCCUGAAAACGGGCAGCCCUACGAAACUGAGUUGGAUGCAGAACCAAAGUACCUGGUGGCUGUCCAACCAAUCCCAGUUAAUGAUGUGAAGAAACACUGCACAGGUAAAGUGAACCUGGAGAAGCCGCUUCACCUGGUGAUCGGUUCCGUCAGCCCAACAGCAGUGCUGCUGUCCUGGGGCAACUACCUGAAGACACCCUAUGAAGGGAAUAUCAUGAACGAGUGCCUGGAAAAUGGGUUCUACACUAUCCGCUACAGAGAGAGAAACAGGAAGUGGAUCUACCAGACAUGCCCGACAAGCGACACAGUCAUUGAUAACCUGAAACCCAACACGCCCUAUGAAUUUGGCGUCCGCUCUAAUAAGGAUGACCGCAGCGGCAUGUGGAGCAAACCGGUUAUCCACAACACCAGCAUGGGCAAUAAAAAUGUACAGAAGCCGUACAAGACGCGUAACAAUCCUCUGAGCAAGCCGGUGAAACCCUCCCUCUUCGUGCCUCGUUUUGCUGUGCUCAACGGGACGAGGCCUCAAUUCCCUAAUGGCCUCAAAAACUCAGGUUUCCCUGGAGCUCCACGCACCUUUGCGUUAUACCCCACAGCACCUCCUAAAAGCCGGCAGGAAACUGUCCCUCUGCCCAGCUCUUCUGAGCUCCAAUUUCCUCACGUGUCCCCCGAGAAAGGAAACACGGCUAGAAACGACACCCGGCCAGCGGAUACUCCCACUUCUGCCCUCCCCAAACUCUUGCUCACCAAAGCCCCUCACACCAGCACCGCAUCCUCCCCUCUUACUAAAUUACCCUCCAGUGGUGACUUCAUUCAUGUGCAAGCCACUAAGGCACCCACUAGACCUGAGAAGCCUCAUAACCCCACUGCUGUCGGCAAAUCACAGGGCGGCUCAUCACUACUGAGAUCAGCACUGGCCAAUGAGAAGGCCAAAACUAACACCUGGGGUCAAGGCAACAAAAGAAAUAUCUCCCCGGCACUGCCUUUGCAGCCCUACAACCCAACAGCUACCGGAUCCCUGAGGCCUGCAUCAAGAAACCCCCUCUUUCCCCUCUCUAAUGGCUUCAGACAGCCCCACUCUCCUUCUUCUAGAUCCAGUAACUCGUCCCCAACCUCAGGGAAACUUGGGGUAAAUGGACAACCACACCGGGGCAUUUCCCCACCUAAACCGGCCAUAUGGUCCCGACCUCGACUGGUGAACAACUCAUUGGUGGAAGAAAAGCACCCUGAAGUGUUCAGUCAUUCGGGUCCAACCACAGAAGAGCGGGUUUAUGGAUCUCCUGCUCGUCCAUCCAUACAGAUCAACAAGAAGCCAAACAUGGUUGGAAAACCUGAUAAAAUGGACAAAGUUGACAACUAUAAACAGAGUGAAAACCUUAGACCCAAAGUACCAGCAGUGACCGCCAAGCCGAUCAAACAGGAACGGAAACAGACCACAACUGCUACACCAACAACUACUGUACCUCGACAGGAAUCAUGGGAGGAGUCUGAACUUUUUAAAUCACAGCCAUCCUCUGACAUUGAUGCCAUGGGAAAGAAACGUUAUGUUGCGCCUCAUGUCAUCUACAAAACUGGCAAGAAGCCGGAUGAGCCUUGCUCCAUUACCUCUUCCCUCAACUACUUCCCUGAAGAUGAACCCGGUGAGACAAAUGUGACAUCUCCACCAAAGACUCCACCCUCCAACCUCACUGUGGUGACAGUGGAGGGAUGCCCGUCUUUCAUCAUCCUGGACUGGGAGAAGACUGACAAUGAAACCACUGAGUAUGAAGUCAUCUCCACUACUAAAGGACCGGAUGGUGAACAGGUUUCCAUCCUGACUACAAACCAGACUCACACUGCUGUAGAGAACCUCAAACCUGAGAGCAGUUAUGAGUUCAAGGUGAAGCCAAAGAAUGAGCUCGGUGCAGGUCCUCCCAGUGAGCCAGUGUCCUUCAGCACAGAAUCAGACCCCAGAGUGAGCGAGAACGUUUCAGGAAAAGAUGCUAUCUGGACUCAGUUCCCCUUCAAGACGGACUCAUACUCCGACUGCCAUGGCAAACAGUACGUGAAGAGGACCUGGUACCGCAAGUUUGUUGGUGUACAGCUGUGCAACUCGCUCAGGUACAAGAUCUACCUGAGUGAUACGCUCAAUGGUAAAUUCCACAAUAUUGGAGAUCAGACGGGCUUUGGUGAGGAUCACUGCCAGUUUGUUGACUCGUUCCUGGAUGGGCGAACGGGUAGACAGCUCAGAGCUGACCAGCUUCCGUCCAGACAUGGUUUCUACAGAGCAUUGCGUCAAGAACCUGUCCACUUUGGGGAAAUAGGAGGACAUUCCCAUGUCAACUAUGUCUCAUGGUAUGAGUGUGGAACACCCAUCCCCGGCAAAUGGUAGACAGACUCUGGCCCACAGUAGAGAAGCCCAUGAGGGGAUUUGUUACCCAGGCUGGGACGGCUAAGCCAUCCAUGACCCUGAAUUCUCUCAACCAUGUUACCCAGUGCUGUAAAAACAUGUACAGGACAUACUUGUCAGGGACUUUGUAAGGAGAGAGCAUUUUUAAAAAUAUAUAUAUAUAGCAAACAUGCCUCACUUUUUUAAUCUAGCAACAAGGCUAAAGUGAUGUUAGAACAGGAAGAUACAUGGAGGUAUCAUUCCUCAGACUCAUGCUAGAUAUAUUUUAUUUUGUGUUAAAAUAAUGGGAAGCUGGCUCCCUGGAGUACUAUUUUCAUAACUUGUGAGAUGUUAUUUAUCAAAAGGUCUUUGAAUACAUUUCUUCACGAGGGCCACAGAUAGGAAUUUACAGGAUAUUUCAGUGUCAUCGUGUGAUUGUCUUCAGUUUAGUUCCUUUUUAAUAAUUGAACUUAAAAAGUCAAAUGAAAAGUUUUAAAAGAUACCAUCCUGCUUCACAUUCAUCCACAUCAGCAACUGGCAGUCACCCAUAUAACCUGUCUUUAACUAGUGCUUCACUGGUAAUUGUGUGAAAUCUGGAUAUUGACAGAGAUAAACCUGGUCUAAACAUUAAAGAUAAAUACUGUACUUACAAAAUAAAUACCAAAUAAUAUAGUUUAUCCUUUGAAAUGUGUCCAGAAGGUACAGUAAUAUAGUUUUUUUUUCUUCAGGAAUUAAGUUAGCACUGUAGGCUAACUAAUCCAGCUUUAUGAUUCUCUGCUGUUCUGUAACAAAUUUUCAUUAUUGAUUAAUCUGCCAGUUAUUUUUUGAUUAGCCUAAUUAAAUAAAUUUUUAAAGUAAAAAAUUUAAAAAGUUAAAAAAAAAAAUGGCCCAGCCAACUUUCUGAAACAUAUAUUAAGCUUACUGUUGUGUAAUUCUUAGAUUUAAGAAGCAGCAAAUAUUUUACUUGAAAAUAGACAAUUAAUUGACCAUCCAUUGACCGAUCUAUUAAUGGAGAAAUGGUUACAGCUUUAGUCAUUGUCCUUGAAAAUAAAUGUCAAACAGGCCUGAGUUCUGGUGCUUUAAACUAUGUUUUUGGGUGAAAUGCCUGAAAGUCAUCCAUUACAUGUCAAUACAUUGGAUGUGUUGACCAAACGCUGAGCUUCGGUGAGAGGCUUCUAUACUUGCAUUUUGCACAGCAGAAAUGUAUUUAUAUGUAUAUGGAGAGAAUGUAUUUUUUCAGUACAUUUUUGCAGAUGCAUUUCUCUCACCAUGGCCUUUUUUAAAAAACAAAGAAACUAAACUGUACUAUAGUACGUUCUUCUUCUUUUCCUCCCUCAUGCUAGAGCAGGGUGGAAACCUAAUGAUACCACCUGACUGCAAGUCAGGAACAGCCUCCUCUAUUUUAAUAAAAUAGUAUUUGGUGAAGCACAUAGAGCUUCCAAAUUUUACCUCUAGCUAGCCCAAAGUUAUUGCAAUCAGAAAUUAUUUUGUUAACUGGCCCCAAAAAGGAAACUGCCAUCUGAUGGCCGGUUAAUCAAAAAAAAAAAAAAUCCCUAAAUGCAGUCUCUUUAUGUAUUCUAUCAAGUUAAUUAAUGUGAGUAAUAGUUGCCCUGGUGGCUUUUCAAGCUCAAUUAAUGCUCCAUUCAUGCAGGCCCAGAGGCCUGUCAGUGACCACCUGCCAACCACCAGUUGCUAGGGAGAAAUAUGUGUACUCCAACCAGUUAGCGAGUAGCUACCAGUUAAAAUCAAAGUGGGUGGUGCACCAAAAAACGAGCCAUCUGGCUCAGAAUUUAUAUAUAUACAUCCUGUUGUAUGGUUUGUGAAAUGUUUAGCAACAUUUAAGAAAGCCAUUAAUAACUCAACAGAAAGGUAGUCUGCCAUUUUUAACAAUUUCCUCACAACAAAUUUAAUGACCCACUGAAUGGCUAAAAUGUCUGAGCCAAGUCUGAUUUCUGUAUGAGGAAAUAUCACAACAGCUACGUUAGUAAGAUUGAUAGUAAUGUCAAACUGUUAUGUGACUGAAAUAUCUGACAGUGAUGGCUAGGAAAUCCAGGAAUAGCUGCAUAUAACCGAAAUGCUGUUUACUUAACCAGCAACUAGAGAUGGCAGCUGAUUUAGCAACAGUAAUGGAGCGCCAUGAUCUGCCUUUCUGCCAUUAUCUGACGUCACUUGGGCACUUGUCAAAGGGAACCUAGUCUGCUUUUUCUCGUGGACAAGUUUCAAAUGGUGAGGUUAAAUAAUCCAUCUGAGCCAAAAGCUCAGCUUUCAAACUGCUCUGAUUAUUCAGUACAACCGUCCGCUUCAGGCACAGCAUCCUCAACAGGCUUCCAUCAGAAGAAAGAAUGGAGGGCGGGGUUUUUAAGAAAGCCCAACAACUCGCUUAAUGAACUGAGAGGCCACAUAAAGGGCUAGUAUAAGAUAAAUAAGGAUUUCUAUUUGAACUGUGAAUCACGCAAAGCUACUCCAGUGGAGUCCCAGAAAAGAAUUAGAGAGAUGGAAAUAAGCAGACUAGGUCUCCUUUCAGUUUGCUGCAGGAUCUGUUGAAAUACCUAUUUUCUCACAGGCAGCAUGACUGACUGUAGAUGACUGUAGUAUCUAAGAAGUACAGUAAUGAAAGUCCCAGAUUAGGGCUACAUGCUAGCUUGCUAAUCUAGCUUCAUGAUACUCAUGGGUGGUGUUAACUUCCUGUCCUGCCACCAGCCUUCAGCUUACCUACUAUCACACUAGUAUAUAUAUGGAGGCAGGGACAGUAGAGAGCAGUGAAAUAAUACAGCAUUAGCGUUCUACACCACGUAGCAUAGUCCUGCUUAGAUGCUGUUGACUGAUAAUAAAGCAGUGCACUGUGCCUUUACCUUCCAGCUGCAGCCCCGACCGUCUUAAUGAGGUCCAUUAUUAAAGCCCAUUCCUAUAAGGCAGGGAUCAUUUAAAACAGAGGAGUGCUUUGUAAGGAAAAUGAGAAUGUAUUGCUGUUGAUUUUUUUUCUACAUAUGUUUGUUUCUAUAUUGAUUUUCAACAAUAAAGAAGUUUUGAUUC